UUAAUUGUUCUUUUUUGGUCGUCCUCUCUGAUCACUUUUUGCAGGACAUGGGUGUCAUGAAGAUGAUUUUGGGAACAUACAACAAGAGUGUUGUGGAAUCGUCGUUUUUGCUGCCUCCAUUGGUAGUCAUGCAACAGUCCUACUACUUCCUGUCGACUGUGAAGACGAUAGCAGUCACGACCACGGCACGCGGCAUCACGGCGAAGCAACUCCUGAUUGCCACAGUGUCUGAUCAGAUUUUGUCCCUUGAUAAGCGCUAUUUUGACCCCAGAAGACCCUUGAUUCCUACGGCUGCUGACAGAGAGGAAGGGCUAAUGCCGUAUACAGACACUCUGCCCAUUCCACCUCAGAGCCACCUGACGCAUGGUUAUCAAGUGAUGGGUAUUCGAGAAAUUGUGACGCUUCCGACCAGGCUAGAGUCCACAUGCCUGGUAUUUGCGCAUGGUAUUGACUUAUUCUUUAUGCGGACAGCACCAUCGAAGAUGUACGAUACAUUGAGCGAAGACUUCAGCUACGCUUUGCUGGUCAUCACAAUUGUGGUGCUUUUAAUAGCGAUUCUCGUCACGGGGCUGUUGUCGAGAAGUCAGGAGCUCAACAACAAAUGGAGGUAAAGUUGGUAAAUCCAUGGGGGAGGGGAGGGGAGGGGAGCAGAUGGAGCCCCAUGAAGCAGCGACAUUUUAGCGAGAUUGAUACACGGAAGAGGGGGUGAUUUGCGCGAUUUCGAAGAUGGUGCUCAUGCCAGUAUAUAGUACUAUAUACUAUAAAGUGAGAAGGAGCGGAAUUUUUCAAUUCAUAUAUUGCCGUUGAUUGUUUUUGAGUUUCCGUGCACUUGAUUGGUUCUCUUGCCAGUUUUUAUUUUUUCUGCAAGAUUUUGUGGUCAGGUUCGGAUAUUGAUUGAUUGAGUGAUGGGAUUGAUUGUUUCAAGUUUUCCUUUGCUUGAUUGUGGGAAGUGGCCUGCCUGUACGAGGGUCAUGGAGGGAAGGGGAGUGUUGUAUGCUGUGUUCGAUGUCUGAUGUCACCCUCUUUUCUCCAAGGGAGUAGGAUGAUUAGCGUAGCAUAGCGCCUUUAAGGGAGGAUUGUUGGCAUAUUUCAGGUGUAGAUGGCCAAUGUGCCAUUAUGUUUCUUUGUCCUUGUCUUUCACUUGAUUACAGUGGACUAGCCUGCAAUCAGUCCAACAGCUACAGUGGUCUAGUGACUGCGCUUGUUGCAGCAGGGACAACCAGGGAACCUUUUAGUGUAGGCAACCAACAGCAGCCGAAGUAGAAGCAGUAGCUGCAGCAGCACCAGCCCGAGCAUAAGCAGAAGUCACAGUAGACCAUGGAAAGCGGCAGAAGCAGCAGGUGCAGGAAAAGCAGCAGAAGCAGCAGCGGCAGUAGUAGCAGCGGCAAAUUGGCAAUGGCAGUAGAAGCAGCAGCGAUAGCAGGAGCGGCAGCCAUUAAAUCCUCACCAGGCAAGCAGGCAGUCUUGUUCCCUUCCUGGGAAAUCAGUUUUGAACAAGGAGUGACAAUUAGCCUGAGUUGAGUUGCGUUGUCUUUUGUUGUGCUCUCAAUCCUUCGAGAGACGGUUAACGGGGGCCCAAAUAGUCGCCGUUUUCGUUGGCAAUUGCGGUGCGAAUUUCAUCAAAAAUUUUAAAAACAAACGAUAUGAGACCAU